CAAGAAUAACUUCUCACUUCAUUCACAAAAUCUCCUCUCUCAAAUCUACAAGUCGAAGUAAUCCGCAAAACACAAAAUGUCUGGACGUGGUAAAGGUAAAGCUAAGGGAACCAAAUCUAAGACCCGUUCCUCGAGAGCAGGACUUCAAUUCCCCGUCGGUCGUAUUCAUCGUUUGUUGAGAAAAGGCAACUAUGCUGAGCGAGUUGGCGCUGGUGCACCAGUUUACUUGGCUGCCGUUCUCGAGUAUCUGUCUGCUGAAAUCCUCGAGUUGGCAGGAAACGCUGCUCGUGACAACAAGAAAAGCAGAAUCAUCCCAAGACAUUUGCAACUGGCCGUACGAAAUGACGAAGAAUUGAACAAAUUGUUGUCUGGUGUUACAAUCGCACAAGGCGGUGUGUUGCCAAACAUUCAAGCUGUCCUCUUACCAAAGAAGACCGAGAAGAAAGCGUAAAGUUGUUCAAGCUCAACUUAAAAAAAAAAAACGGCUCUUAUAAGAGCCACCAAAUUUACAAAAGAAAUUAACGAUAUCUCGUGCAAAGUAGUCUUAACUUUUACCCGCCAUGAGCCUAUAUUGUUCCUGCCGGCUGCCUACGAAACGAUUAUGUCGUUCGAUAAUGUAUUGGUUUUUCAAACUUCAUAGACACUAAUUUCUGCCUGUGUCGGUUGACCCAAAAGUGCGUUUGAGGUUAUUCCCGAUGUUAGGUUGACUUCGGCAUAAACCAAUUGAACGAUUCUGAAACGCUGAUUCUAUACUAAUUUGUUCUAAGACUAAGGUGUAGAAGAAUUUAAUAUGCAAACAGAUUAUUCAUACAUCAUUUUUAUCAUGUCUGUUGUUUUUUAGU